UAUUGUAUGUAACCUUUAUUAUCGACUCACGAAAUGGCGGUUUACUUUAUCUAGAAACGUCGUAUUCGUUAAGAACUACCGAUUAGCGGUUAUGUGAUUGUACUAUUUCUAUAUUAUAAGCAUUCAGACACAAUGCAUUUUCGGUAAAUGUCAUGUCAUUUUGACAUUUUUAAUUUUUUCACAAACUCCAUAGUACCGCAUUUUUCUUUUAUUUUCUUUUUUUUAAUUAAAAAAAAAAAACGAGCACCAAUCUAUUCCCAGAAUCGGAUCGAAGAAAAAUGACGACUCGUAACAUUCGAACAGUUAAUGUAGUUCCUAUACCUAAAAUAAAAAAAGAGAGAUUUAGCGAUCAAGAAGACGAAGACACAGUGUCGUGUAGAAUCUGCAAUAAGGGCUUCAUAACAGAAAAGGCUCUGUUAAAUCAUGCAAGAGUGGAACAUAUAGAUGAAUACAUGGCUGGGCAAGAUUUGUGUCUAAGAAAACAUGUAAAGCAGAAACGUAAAUACACAGAGGAUGAAAAGCGUACCAUUGAAUUGAAAACAGAGGAAUUGAUAUCAUCGAUGGAACCGACUGAUAUCAUGAGCCUGGCCUCAAAUGACGUCAGUUAUAUUAUAAUUAAGGCUAACGGGCAACCGGAGAUUAAGAAAUGGAAGAAGGAUAAGUUAAAGGUAGAGAAAGAAAAACCUGAGAAAGUUGUAAAGACUGUUGUAAGGAAGGAAAGAGAAGUAAAAGCUAUUAGCGGCCCGUUCGAAUGCCUGCAGCCGUCGCCGCACAGCAGCGAGGGCCUGUGCCACCAGAUGUUCCUGUCGUGCUGCGCGUACUCCGCGCACCACCGCGACGAGCACACGCGCCGCCGCAAGGCGCUGCGGUGCCAGGUGUGCGAGAAGCCGCUCGCCCUCGCGCCGCAGGACGCGCACGCCUGCCAGAUAUGCGGAAUGGGUUUUGAAAAUUCCAAAGAUCUAUUCGACCACAGUCAGACGGCGCACAUUAAACUCAAACCCUUCCAAUGCACGAUAUGCCAGAAACGCUUCACCCAACAAGGGGGCGUGCAGCAGCAUAUGCGAAUGCACACCGGCGACCGGCCAUUCCCAUGCACGUUUUGCCCGAAGGCCUUCACACAAAAAUCUGGCCUCGAUCAACACCUACGGAUACACACGAAAGUGAAACCUUACAGAUGCAUCAUAUGCAGUAAGGCUUUCUCGCAGUCCGUGCACCUUCAGCAGCACAUGCGGACGCACACUAACGUCGCACCAUUCCAAUGCGGGAUAUGCCAGAAACGCUUCAAGCAGAGCAGCCAUCUAAACUACCAUCUGAAAUACCACAAUCCAGCGAACAUGACCGAUGAACAGAAGGAGAGAUACGCGAAGUUGGUCCAGCUGAUGGGUCAAGGUGAAAUGGUCGAGGUGGAGAUCGACACUAGCCAACCGGAAGUGAUGCUGGAACAGGUGCAGAGCGAUGACAUUGCGACGUGUGUGGUCGACGAUAGCGGGAACUGGUGUGAGGUGAAAGGUGAUGAACAAACAUUGUGAUCCAAAUGGUAUUUACAUAAGUGAACUAUGAGCUGUUUCCAUAAGUGAUGUCCCAUCGCUGGUCGAAGGAUUAUUAGGAAACAAGAAUCUUCCAGAAUGCUGUUUCGUGCAAAUUAAAUGUAUUUUUGGCUCAAAUUGAACACUGAACUUUAAAUAUGUAAUACUGUAUAUUCCGAUGGUAGGAUUUUAAGAUAAACAAACUUUAGAUGUUGCAUGCAAUUUGCUUAUAGCUCUGUUAUAUUACACAACAAACAGUUCUUGAUUA